AUGGCUUUUGGCUUGUUACGCAAUGCGGAAGUAGCGGCUAAAUGCACGUGCUUGUCAGCCAAUCAGAUGGGGUUCAGCUUAGCCACGUUCAGCCAUUCUCAGCCAAAAUUCCCCGCGCGAACCGUCGAGGCUGCCACGUUCUGCUAUGACCCGCUGUUCCAGGAUUUACACGGACGACCCAACAGCACCGAGAUGCGAAUGUUCAAGACACAGCCCGCAAAACGUGUCUCCGCCGAGCAAGCCAACUGGCAGGAUGCCGUUCGUGGCGGUGGCUGCGCCGAAGGCGAAGCUUCAGAAGCUUUGAGGCUUAUCUGUGCUCUGCUCGGCGUCGUAUCAAGUGUCUGGUGCUUGCCUUGCAUUUUCAAGUCCAAGAAAGGAACGAUACAGUACUGCUCGAAUUGUGGCGCGCGUCUGGCCUACAAGCCCGAAGGCUAUGCCGCGAUAACACCAUCGUACGCGCACGGUAAGGACCAAUUGGUGGCUUCGCGAGGCUAUACUCCACAUCCAAAGCUCGGCAAGGACAUCGAGACUGCAGAGAAGGGCCACAACACCUCUGUUGGGAGUCCUCUUGGACCCUUGACUGGCCUCAAAAAGGAGGACAGUAAACAGACAUUCCAUGAUAUCAAGCUCAUCCCACCACCAAAACCCAAGGAAGGAAGCGAAGCCGAAGGUUCAUGGAAAGUCGAAAGCGCCGAGAGUCGUUUCAAAGAUUACAACAUAACAGUCGAUGGGUGUCCGCCUUGGAGCGAUGAUAUUGCAGACGCAACACCUCGCUACCGCGACAAGGUCCAAGCAUGGCAAAAUCGCCACGGUCAAUCAGAUCCCGAAAUCAAGAUCGAACGAACUGGCCUUGAACAUCCUCUCUCCUCAAGAGUGAGACGUAUCUCAGCUCACAAAGACACGAAAUGGAACUUCGACAUCACAGCCAACGGGUGCAGUUUCGAUUUCACCCCGCCCUACUUCGCGGAGCCCAGUCGGGUGACAACAGAAUGGCCUAGCCGGGAUGGGCCGCUGUUCUGGCAAACGCCCGGAUGGUACACGACUGAGCUACUCGAUGCCUACGGCAGGACUUGUGCUACGUAUACUACAACAGCUAAUAUUCGAGGGGGCCCCUUGACGCUGUCUAUCGCAGAUGGCGUGUCUUUGGAAGUUGUCGAUGAGAUGAUCGUUGUGGCGGUGUCGAUGCAGGUACAAAGAGCGAAGCGACAAGACUGGGUAAAUGCGACUUGGAAGGAUGAUGAUUAG